GCAGCUAAAAGCUAACGGCUAACAGCUAACAGCUAGCUGAGGCUAAAGUCUGCAGUUUGAUUGAAGUCAUGACUCAUCAGCACGCACACACACACUGACUCACGCACGCACGCGCACGGACAGCUCGGCGUGGGCUUGUUUUCACGCACAGAGCGUGUUUUUCGGUGUUUUCGUAGUUGUUUUUUUAGGUGUGUGUGUGUGUGAGAGAGUUAGCUCCAUGCUAACUACUUCCUGCAUGUUAGCCGCAGGAGCUAACUGUUUACCUGUUUGUCUCUGACGGUUGGUCUGAAUUAUUCAUGACGGCGCUCCGUGAUUGGUGGAGCCAGCGGAGGGGGCGGAGCUAAGAGCGCAUUAACAGGUCUAUAUAUGAUCACUGAUUGGCUGAGUCGCCCACAGCUGGAAGAUGAUCAAAAUGUCAUUGGACAAGGAAACUGUUAAAGUGAGUCCCACCUUCCCUGCCGCCCCCGUCAGCCUAUCAGAGCAGCCACAGCUCGCUAAGUCCCACCCUCUCCGUCCUAAAAAUGGCCUCCAGGCGUCCGGCAACAGCCAGAACCCGCUCGCCGCUGUGCCGACUCAGCGAAUCGCAAAGAGGCGCUACUCCAUGGGCGUCGGCUUCAAGGGGCUGGCCAAGCGCCGUCGCCGUGCCAACAGCGACAGCCAAGCAGAGCCGGUGCUGCCGAGUCACUUCCUGUUGGGCGGGAACAUCUUUGACCCGCUGAACCUGAACUCCCUGAUGGACGAAGACGUGAACAGGGCAACCAAUCAGGAGACACCAAAGUGUUCGCCCCUGCCGACACGAGGCGGAGACCCUGUAGAGAUCCUCGUCCCUCGUGACAUCACCGACCCCCUCAACCUGAAGGGGGGGGCCGCGGGGGCCGAAGGGGGGGUCCUUCUGUCCCCCAUGAAGUCCAGGAAGAGACACAGGAACCGAGGGGGGGCGGUACCUGCCCGAGUGGUCCCGCCCACCACUCGACUGACAGUUCCCGUGGUGACCAGAGGGGGCAGUGUUCCCGUGUCUCCUCUCCCGUGUGAGCUCAACACAGCGAUCACCUGUCGGGAUGACGUGGCUCCGCCCCCCAUCCUCCCCAGGAGACAUACCCACCCCCCGCCAGGCCACGCCCACAAGCACGGUAACCAGGGCGACGGUCGCCAGCGGAGGCGGCGACGCACCACCUCCACCAGGUCGUCGGACGCCGCCGCAAUGAGCAUUGUUACCACGACAACAGCAGCUCAGCCAACCAAGUUCGAGACGCCGCUGGUGGGCGGGGCCAGAGCCAACAGGUGCGGAGGACCUCGGCCCGGCUCCGCUCAGACACCACAGAGGAAGAAGGACAAACACCGCUACCAGCACGGCAACCACAGCCGUUACUAUGGUUACCAUGGUUCCUACGGCGACGGGUGGGAGGGGCGCGUGGGGGUGGAGGAGGACCCCCGCCUCCGCCUGCUGGAAGCUGAUUGGUUCAGAGACAAGAAGGUGCUGGAUGUGGGCUGCGGCGCCGGUCACAUGACCCUCGCCAUUGCCCGCAGGUUUAACCCCGCCCACAUCCUGGGGGUGGAGCUAGACCACAGACUAGUGCAUGCAGCCAAUCAGAACGUCAGACACUUCCUGUCACAUGACAUGGUGGAGGAAGAGAGGAGGAGGAGGAGAGGAGGAACCACGUCGCUCCUCUCCUCCUCCUCCUCUCCUACAGGGACGAAGACGAGAGGGACACAAGAGGAGGAGGAGAAGAUGAAUGAGGAGGAGCAGGACGAGAAGAAAGACGUGAAAGAGGAGGAGCAGGAGGAGAAGAAAGAGGAGGAGCAGGAGGAGAAGAAAGACGUGAAAGAGGAGGGGCAGGAGGAGGUGAAAGAGGAGGAACAGGAGGUGAUGGAGGAGUUCCAGCGGGCGAUGUCUCUCCUCUCCUUCCCGCUAUCCUUCAGAGUGAGUCGUGGUCCUCUGGCUGCUCCUCCUCUCCUCCUCCCUCCUUCCUCCUCCUCUUCCUCCUCCUCCUGCAGGUUCCCCAGCAACGUCACCUUCAUACAGGGCGACUACGUGUCAGAGCGAGAGGCGUGGCCUGGCCGCGGUCAGUAUGACAUCAUCAUGUGUCUCGGGGUCACUAAGUGGGUGCAGCUGCAGUCAGGUGACGGGGGCGUGGUCCGGCUGUUCAAACGAGCCUAUCAGAGCCUGUCGCCGGGCGGACUGCUGAUCCUGGAGCCACAACCAUGGAGCCGCUACAGCCACAGCAAGAGAGCCUCGGAGACGACGUAUCGUAACUACAGGAGUGUGAGACUGAGACCAGAACAGUUCACCUGUUACCUCACUGACAGUGUGGGCUUCACCUCCUACAGACUCAUCACACACACAGGCAACCAGCGGCCCAUCUACCUUUUCCACAAAGGCGCCGCCCACAGGAAGUGAUGCCCUCUUGUUUCCACGUCAACGACCUGCUCUGUAACACACUGACUGGAAAGCAGGACUCUGAUUGGGGGAGCCUCAUUAUGACUGUAUGCUCGCAGCCGAUUGGCUGCACAGUCGAGCCCGUCUGACUGUUUUAUGAAUGAACCCAAUCUGAUUGGACAGCAGCGUUUCUGUGAACGUGAUUGGACGAGCCUGGAUUACAAGCCAGAGCAAAGGACUCUGAUUGGUGGGUGUAGACAGGAAGUGACAUGUUUCAAAAUAUUUCAGUUUGUUUGUUUUUGUUUUUUUGUGAAAAUAAAGAAAGUUUAUCUGCU